GCCGUGUUUGAAUGUUUGACAAAUGAAUGUUGCACAGGUGAACUCCUGCUCAUUCUGAAUGGCCGUCUUCCUCCGUCCACUCUUCUGAGCAUCUUCUCCCAGGAGUACCAGAAGAGGAUGAAGCGCAGCAUGGUGAGACAUCACGCUCCUGAUGUGGUCAAGGCAUAUUAUCAGAGGUACCGCAGCGAAGCCCAGACUCGUCCUACAGCCCUGCUUCUGCUGGAGCUCGCCAACCAGGUGGACCUGUCUCCGGCUCUCCUGGCCCGUCUGAUUGUGGAGUGUUUUCUGGAGGAGCGCGAGGCUUCAGUCGCAGCUUCCAGACACGUCCUCAACAACAUGCUGCGCGAGCCGUAUUCAAUUCCAGACCUGCUGUUAGCGAAGCACGUUGAGCAGUGCACAGUAAAUUACUGCUGUUAUGGACCACUGGUCAACUGCAUCAAACAUGCCGUCGGUCUGGAGCAUGAAGACCUGCUACGAGACGAACUCAGAGAGAGGAACUUGUCGUUUUUAGCUGUUGAUGGUCAUAUAGUUCACUGGAUUGAGAGCAAAGCUUCGUUUGGAGACGAGCACAGCCAUCACACGUACCUGAACGAGCAGUUCUGGAGCUACUGCAACAGGUUUGGUCCCGGUCUGGUCAUCUACUGGUACGGGUUCGUAUCUGAGCUGGACUGCCAGCGGGGCCGAGGGAUCCUGCUGAGAGACGGCUUCCCCUCGGACAUCGUAACCCUGAGCCGAGUCUGAACCGUCACGGGGACGUUUGUUGCUGUGGAUGUCAGUCCGGAAGCAAUUUAGCUUUCCUGCAGCAUGAGACUCCUGGCAAACAUCUGCUGUGAACUCCGGCUGAACUCCAGCGGCUCGGGAGAGAAAACACCGGCGCCUCAAAUCCUGCUGAGGCCGGUGACACGCGUCACUCUUAUCUUGCUCAGAGACGCCGAUGGAUGAGACGUUUGU